AUGGCGCCCAAUGCUAGAAGUGCACUUUUUGUCGUGGCGCUUUGCGUCGUGGCUGUUGGCACUGCCAUAGCUGAGACGCAUGAGCGUAAGGUUCGUGCAGCCGAGGGUUAUUUUUACCCACCUCCCGAUGUACCAUUUGAGCUGCCGAAGCGCACUACUCAGCCACCAACUCGGCCACCAACUCGGCCACCAACACGUCCACCAACUCAGCCACCAACUCGGCCACCAACGCGUCCUCCAACGGUUCCUCCAACAUACUUGCCACCAACGAACAAACCACAGCCUCCAGUGACCACAAGGAGACCGACUCCACCACCUACCCGUCCACCAACUCGUCCACCAACUCGUGCUACUACGCCAGCUCCUACAUACUUGCCUCCUACGAACAAGCCACAGCCUCCAGUGACCACACGCAGGCCGACUCCGCCACCCACGAGAGCUACUCCACCCCCCACUCGUCCACCAACGCGCCCAGCCACACGCCCACCACCAACGUACUUGCCUCCUACGAACAAGCCACAGCCUCCAGUGACCACACGCAGGCCGACUCCGCCACCCACGAGAGCUACUCCACCCCCCACUCGUCCACCAACGCGCCCACCAACUCGGGCUACAACGCCAGCUCCUACAUACUUGCCUCCUACGAACAAACCACAGCCUCCAGUGACCACACGGAAACCAACACCGCCACCCACCAGAGCUACUCAGCCACCCACUCGUCCACCAACUCGUCCACCAACGCGCCCACCCACUCGUCCACCACCAACAUACUUGCCGCCUACGAACAAACCAGCACCUCCAGUGACGACACGCAGGCCAACUCCGCCACCUACUAGAGCUACUCCACCACCCACCAGGGCUACUCAGCCACCCACUCGUCCACCUACCCGUCCUUCAAGUACCCCGGCGCCAACUUAUCUGCCACCAACUAAUAAACCACAACCUCCAGUGACCACACGCAGACCGACUCCGCCACCCACCAGAGCUACUCAGCCACCCACUCGUCCUCCCACCCGUCCUCCAACUCGUCCACCACCAACAUACUUGCCUCCUACAAACAAACCACAGCCUCCAGUAACCACACGCAGGCCAACUCCGCCUCCCACAAGAGCUACUCAACCACCCACUCGUCCACCCACUCGUCCACCAACGCGUCCACCAACUCGUCCACCAACGCGUCCACCCACUCGUCCACCACCAACAUACUUGCCACCUACGAAUAAACCAGCACCUCCAGUGACGACACGCAGGCCAACUCCUCCACCAACUAGAGCUACUCCACCACCCACCAGGGCUACUCAGCCACCCACUCGUCCACCUACCCGUCCUUCAAGUACCCCGGCGCCAACUUAUCUGCCACCAACUAAUAAACCACAACCUCCAGUGACCACACGCAGACCGACUCCGCCACCCACCAGAGCUACUCAGCCACCCACGAGAGCUACUCAGCCACCCACUCGUCCUCCCACCCGUCCUCCAACUCGUCCACCACCAACAUACUUGCCUCCUACAAACAAACCACAGCCUCCAGUAACCACACGCAGGCCAACUCCGCCUCCCACAAGAGCUACUCAACCACCCACUCGUCCACCAACGCGUCCACCAACUCGUCCACCAACGCGUCCACCCACUCGUCCACCACCAACAUACUUGCCACCUACGAAUAAACCAGCACCUCCAGUGACGACACGCAGGCCAACUCCGCCACCCACGAGAGCUACUCCACCACCCACCAGGGCUACUCAGCCACCCACUCGUCCACCUACCCGUCCUUCAAGUACUCCAGCGCCAACCUAUCUGCCACCAACUAAUAAGCCACAACCUCCAGUGACCACACGCAGACCGACUCCUCCACCCACGAGGGCUACUCCACCCCCUACUCGUCCUCCAACUCGUCCCCCAACUCAACCCCCAACUCGUCCUCCAACUCGUCCACCACCAACAUACUUGCCGCCUACGAACAAACCACAGCCUCCUGUGACCACAGGCAGGCCGACUCCGCCACCCACGAGAGCUACUCAGCCACCCACUCGUCCACCAACUCGACCACCAACUCGUGCUACUACGCCAGCUCCUACUUACUUGCCUCCUACGAACAAGCCACAGCCUCCAGUGACCACACGCAGGCCGACUCCACCACCCACGAGAGCUACUCAGCCACCCACUCGUCCACCAACGCGCCCACCCACUCGUCCACCACCAACGUACUUGCCACCAACGAACAAACCACAGCCUCCAGUGACCACAAGAGCUACACAACCACCCACUCGUCCUCCAACUCGUCCUCCCACUCCUCCCCCAACUCGUCCUCCCACUCCUCCCCCAACUCGUCCCCCCACUCGUCCUCCACCAACGUACUUGCCACCUACGAACAAACCAGCCCCUCCAGUGACCACGCGUAAGCCAACUCCACCUCCCACAAGAGCUACACCUCCUCCGACUCGUCCACCAACUCGUCCACCGACCCUCCCACCAGCAACGACCAAACAUUCAGGCUAUCAAUAUCCCAAGCCAAGCAUCCCAUUCGAGUUCUAAGCAACCUCUAAGUUUGCACACCCGUCACCGUCGAUUCAGCAGACGGGGAUCGGUGUGUGACGCUUUUGUACUAGAAAUAAUAUUGUACUAAGAGGAGAUGCAUGUAACUGAUGCUUUAUAUCUAGCAACACAUUA